UGGCGCACUGUUCUGUUGGAAUGAUUUUUAGUAACUUGCUGAGGUGUGAGUCCACUUUGGGAGCUUUUUUAUUGCGGUGACAACGGAAGUGGACCGGUAGAUGCGUUGUCCCAGGCCUCGCCCCCUUUAUCCUUAUCGUUUGAUAAACAACAGCGCCCUCUUGCAUUGCGCCUGUGCGGCCACAAGAAGCGGAAGUAGGGUCGUCAUGGGAAGCAAAGUCAGCUCCAAAAUGGCAGCUCCCGCGGCGAGAGUAAUUCAGGCUGUUCGGCCACACGCUCCACUGAUCAAGUUCCCCAGCAGACACGGCAUACCCAGGCCCAACGCCCAAGAGGCUUUGAAAACGUUAGCAGCCAGCUUCCCCCAGUACAACGCUCCCAGCUCCGCCUCAGCUGCAGCAUCACCUCCCUCAUCCAGACCUCAUGUAGCUCCGACUCCGAUCCCGGGAAUGCCGGACACCCUGGCCUCCAUUCAGCAGCUUCCUGCGAGGUACCGCCGGAGACCGCUAACCUCCGAUGAAGUGGACUACAUCCAGCGCGGCGGACCAGAAUGAUACGAAGGACCCGCCUCAACAGCCAAAGCCCUUAUCUGUUGAUCGGUUGGUGUCUUCCUUCUGCCGUCAGCUCGACCCCGAUACCACGGAGAAUAAAGCAUUUCAUAAAUCCUGUUCAAAUGUACAUAUGUUUACUUUUAGAUGAUUGCAAUGUAUUCGAAGUCCUCGUUGAAGGGUAACGGAACACAGCAGAGCCGUAACAAUACUCACCUUUCCCUUUAACUGCAAAUCUCAACAGGUUUUGUUGAAUUUAUUAACCCGAUCUGAAAGAAUCGACGUGUGUUUUAGCAGGACUACCCAGAUGCAGUUAGAAACGUUUGCAAUCAAUCUGUUUUGUUCCACUGAAACUAUAAUAAAAUGCAUUUUAAUGGU